UUAAACAGUGGCAACAAUACUGAAUGUAAUGGACCAACAUUUGCCUAUAAAGAUAAGACCAAAUGGUCGGUCAUAUUUCCCGGCUGUGGCGCCGACCGUCAGUCGCCAAUCAAUAUCGAUAGACAACUGGCCGUCUAUUUGCCUGAACUGAAGCUAAUUUUCUACAACUAUAUGCAAACAUACGACUGGGAGGUACUGAACAAUGGAGAAACCGUACAACUGAUGACACGCGGUAUUGUCGGUCCAGUACUUGAUUUAAGGGACAGUAGUAGUGGUGGUGGUGGUGGUGCUGGUGGUGGAGUCGCCACCUCUGAUAGAUAUCAUUUCUAUAGUGCACUAUUUCAUUGGGGACAGUCCGAUGAUGAUCAGGGCUCAGAGCAUAGUAUCGAUAAUAAGUUUGCAUCGGCUGAGUUAUAUAUAACACAUUACAAUGAAAAGUAUGGCAAUAUGGACAAUGCCGUACCCUAUGAUGACGGUAUGCUUAUCCUAUCGACAAUGUUUACCAUAGCCGACGACAAACCACAGGUGGACAACCCUGAUCUGUCACCACUAAUACAGUUGUUGCCCGAUGUUAUUACGUUAAACGUAUCGACACUAUUGUUUCGUGAGCGGCCAUUUUAUUUAGGUCAAUUGAUGCCCCAAAACAAAACUAGCAUGUUCAAAUAUCAAGGUUCAAUCACAUUUCCACCAUGCCAUCAAUCUGUUACCUGGAUCAUAUUUGAUGAACCGUUGCCAAUUAGCCGGGCACAGCAAAACAAACUUUGA